GUUCUGAUCAGUUUCAAACAGUAAUGGCGUCGCUGGCGAACGAUACAGGUGCCCCCAACUCUGUAGCUUCUGGGGAGCCUGGCGAGAGAAAGAACCCGGCUGUGUCGUUUGGUUUUACUAAAACUGUUAGCAAACUAAAACCUCCAACUGGCGACGCCGCGUUUAAGAAAGACGAGAGGGACUACUUGACCGGAAUUGACAAAAAUGAACUGCAGAGUACAAAACCAUCCGAGAAGCCCAAAGAGCUCAUCAUCCCUCUGAUCCAGAAGAACCGCUGGCACAAAACAGAGAAAGUGGUCCAGAGCGAUGCUGGUGAAGGCAAAACGCAAGAAGCAACCCAGGAAAAGGAUUCUGUGGAUUCUCAGGCUGUCAAAGAACUCAUUGAAGAUUCCCGAAGGCAGCUGGAGGAGUGGCAGAAUGGCCCUCAGUCGGAGAGAAACCUGAACCUCAGAAUCCCACUGUUGAUGCAAAACAAAGUGCCAGACGGCUUUGAGGAUGGAGACCAUGUGAAGGUGGAUCUACGGCCUGAAUCUUCAACAGAGGCAGAUUAUGAGACUGUUCCGGUUGAGGCUUAUGGACUGGCUAUGCUUAAAGGGAUGGGCUGGAACAAAGAAGAAGGCAUUGGCCGUACCUUUAAACAACACGUGAAGCCGAUCGAGAACCAGCUCCGUCCCAAAGGUUUGGGUCUCGGUGCUGAUCGUGCAGCGAUAAAAGACCUGGAGCCCAGCAGACAUCAGCGUCCACCCAAGCCGGGUGAGGAGCGCGUGAAGGAGGAGGAGCUGGUGAUGGGUCCAGGCGGCUGUGUGCUGGUGACAUCAGGGGCGCAUAAAGAACUGUACGGCAAGAUUGAAGGCGUCGAUCCAGACAACGCUCGAGUCAUGGUGAAGCUGGCUAUUGGCAGCAAGACGGUGACGAUCAGCCAAUAUGCUGUUAAACUGGUCGGACGCAAAGAAUACGAAAAAUACAGCAAAGACCUCAGUCGCCUGAGCAAAGUCCACAAAGACAAGGAAAGAGAAAAAGAGAAGGAGAGAGAGCGAGAGAAGGAGCAGCAGAGAUCGGAGGAGAAAGAGAGGAGAAGUGAUGGCAACGAGGGGAAACACAAAUCUUCAGAAAGAGAUGGCGGAAAAGACGAGAGGAAGAGGAAACACAGAGAAUCGAGUCAAGACAGAGAAAAGCCUCCAGUGAAAGAGGCGAGGCGACCGCCGGCUCCCCCCUCCUGGCUGCAGAGAGACCUGAAAGUUCGCUUUAUAGACAAAGCUUUUAAAGGAGGCAGAUACUACAACUCAAAGAUGCGUGUGGAGGACGUCCUGACGCCAACAACAUGCGUGUGUCGAACUGAAGAGGGAAGACUGCUCGACGAUGUGAAGCAGGACAUGCUGGAAACCAUGGUUCCAAAAAGUGAAAACGAUUCUAUAAUGGUUGUACUGGGGGAGCACAGAGGACAGGUCGGCCGUAUUCUCCAACGGGACAAGAACAAGUGCAGAGCGAUGGUGCAACUGGACCGACACGAUGAGAAAGUGUUCACUCUGGAGUAUGACUGUAUCUGUCACUAUGUAGGAGAAACAGAUCACUGAUCCACUCCUUUCUCACCUUUAGUCAAUUAUGUUGUCACUUGUUUAUCCUGUAUGAAACUUUGUUUGUUGUAAUAUUCAGAAUUAAUGGAUCUCAUGAGAUUUUAAAACAUUUGAAUUUUGUAAUAAAAUGUUAAAAAUG